AUUUCUGGAAGGUGCUCAGGCUAUCCUAAGUAGCUCUGAUGGAGCUCCACUACAUUACAAAGAUGGACAGCCCCGCUGUACUGGGAGAUACAGUGGACUGGCAAUCAGGAGGCCUUCCUGGUGACCAGGCAGACACAGUAGCCACCAGAGCAGCUCUCUGCUGUCAGAGACACUGUACAUCAAUCCCCAGAGCUGCUGAGAUGGGUGAGUCAAAAGCAAGUCCUUUGCCAGCUCCCCCCUUUUCCUCUCUGCAAGACAACUUAGCUCAGCCAGACUGCUUUCCUCCAGACCCUCUCGGCUUAGGAAACCCCCAAAUAACAGCUGAACGGAAAGUCUGUGACUGCUGCAGUCAGGAACUAGAAACUUCUUUUACCUAUGUAGAUGAGAAUGUCAAUUUGGAACAGAGGAACCACUCCCCGUCCUCCAAGGGAAGUAAUCAGCCAGGAGAUCUUGGCUGGGGCAAUUCAAGCGAGUGGUCCCAGGAAGCUGCCAUAUCUUUGAUCUCAGAAGAUGAAGAUGAGACCAGUUCAGAAUCCACUUCUACAGGGAAGUCAGUGGACUACGGUUUCAUCAGUGCCAUCUUGUUCUUGGUCACUGGCAUCCUCCUGGUGAUUAUCUCAUACAUUGUGCCCCGGGAUGUAAAUGUAGACCCCAGCACUGUGACAGCCCGGGAGAUGGAACACCUGGAGAAGGAGAGUGCAAGGCUGGGGGCUCAUUUGGAUCGAUGCGUGAUCGCGGGACUCUGUCUUCUCACACUUGGGGGGGUAGUUCUGUCUUGUUUGCUAAUGAUGUCUAUGUGGAAGGGAGAGCUUUAUCGGCGACACAGGUUUGCCUCUUCCAAAGAGUCUGCAAAAAUCUAUGGUUCUUUCAACUUCAGGAUGAAAACCAGCGCCAAUGAAAAUACCUUGGAACUGUCCUUGGUAGAAGAAGAUGUUUUGGUCCAAAGUUAAAUCUGCUUGUGCAUUUUUCAGGAACCUCUGCCUUGGCAUUUUAUGUGCAAAAAGAAAAA